CUUACGCUGCUUUUUUCUAGGCGAGUGAUCCCUGGAGCGUCUUCCCAAGUUAGAGCUCCUUCCUCUUCGCUGUAUGUUCGAAUGUGCUGUAGCUUAAAAGAAAGGAAAUAUGGGAUGUAUAAAAUCAAAAAGGAAAGACAAUCUGCAUGGAGAUGGGCUAGAUUUGAAGAAUCAACCAGUACGUAAAACUGAACGAACUAUUUAUGUGAGGGAUCCAACGUCCAAUAAACAGCAAAGGCCAGCAAAUCAAGAAGCACAGCUCUUACCAGGACAGAGGUUUGUCAAGGAAGAAACAGAGCAUGGAGUCAUUGUGGUAGCUUUGUAUCCCUAUGAUGGCAUUCAUGAAGAUGACUUGUCCUUCAAAAAAGGAGAAAAAUUGAAAAUUAUUGAGGAGCUGGGAGAAUGGUGGAAAGCAAAAUCUCUCACAACGAGGAAGGAAGGCUUCAUCCCCAGCAACUACGUAGCAAAAGUAAACACCUUGGAAACUGAAGAAUGGUUCUUCAGAGACAUCACCCGAAAGGAUGCUGAAAGACAACUCCUGGCUCCUGGAAAUAGUCCUGGAGCUUUCCUUAUCAGGGAAAGUGAAACAUUAAAAGGCAGCUAUUCUCUCUCCAUAAGAGACUACGACCCACAGCAUGGCGAUGUUAUUAAGCACUACAAAAUUAGGAGUCUAGACAGUGGAGGUUUUUACAUCUCUCCAAGAAUAACUUUUCCCAACAUCAAUGAUAUGAUCAAACAUUAUCAAAAGCAAUCAGAUGGUUUAUGCAGAAAGCUGGAAAAACCUUGUAUUAGUCCCAAGCCUCAAAAGCCGUGGGAUAAAGAUGCAUGGGAAAUUCCACGGGAAUCAAUUAAAUUAGUGAAGAAACUUGGAGCUGGUCAGUUUGGAGAAGUCUGGAUGGGUUACUAUCAUAACAGCACAAAAGUGGCCGUGAAGACUCUGAAGCCUGGAACGAUGUCUGUGCAAGCCUUUCUGGAGGAAGCCAACCUCAUGAAAACACUUCAGCAUGAUAAGCUCGUUAGGCUUUAUGCUGUAGUGACCAAAGAAGAACCUAUUUAUAUCAUAACAGAAUUCAUGGCUAAAGGAAGUUUGCUGGAUUUUCUGAAGAGUGAUGAAGGAAGUAAACUGUUGCUUCCAAAGCUAAUCGACUUUUCUGCCCAGAUUGCAGAAGGGAUGGCAUACAUAGAAAGAAAAAAUUAUAUCCAUCGAGAUCUGAGAGCAGCGAACGUUCUGGUUUCAGACUUACUGAUGUGCAAAAUUGCUGAUUUUGGACUAGCAAGAGUCAUCGAAGACAACGAAUAUACAGCAAGGGAAGGUGCAAAAUUCCCUAUUAAAUGGACAGCACCAGAGGCAAUUAACUAUGGAUCUUUCACUAUUAAAUCUGAUGUGUGGUCAUUUGGGAUUCUCCUGUACGAAAUCGUUACGUAUGGAAAGAUUCCUUAUCCAGGUAUGAGCAAUUCAGAUGUGAUGGUUGCUCUUCAGCGCGGGUACCGAAUGCCACGCAUGGAAACCUGUCCAGCUGAGCUUUACGAUAUCAUGAAAACAUGCUGGAAAGACAAAGCAGAAGAGAGGCCAACAUUUGAUUAUCUACAGAGUGUGCUUGAUGACUUCUACACAGCAACAGAAGGGCAGUAUCAACAACAGCCAUAGAACAAAGAACACUUUUUCUAUUGACAUGGAUCAUUGGCACAGACUAUUAUUUGGACAGACUGCUCAAACCAAUUACUUCACAAGUUUGGAUGUCUUAAGCAAGUGUGGAAGCUGAAAUACUGGAGGAAAGAAUAAUUCUGCAGAGAAAUAAUAAUGGGUUUAUUUGGUUAAAACAGUUCCCCUAAAGAUUCAAGUUCUCCUUAAAUGCUCUGUGUUUUGCAUCUGCAGAAACAUCCCAAACCAAGCAGGCUUUUUGGGGUGGGGAGGGAGCAGGAAGGAAAGCAAUCAUGCACCGGUACAGUCUGAUAACACCUAAGUAAUGGAAUACAUUACAAGGAGCCCUUUAUAAAAGGGGUGAGAAGAUGCAUGAACACCUGUUUUCAAAAGGAAAGGUCAUGAAGGAGAACGCGCGGAUUUAAAACAUGGCCAUGUUCUUAAAUCAUCUUUUUUGAAAUACAGCAUAUUGUGAAAAUUAUUUUUAUAUCCUUGUUAUUUCACAGUAGUAGUUGGAGUACUGUUACUGCUUGUAAGACUUUCUAAACAGUGUCAUGGUUUCCUCUAAGGAAGGGUUAUGUAUGUAAUUAUUUACACUGAAGAUGAUUCUGGUUUACUGCUGUAUUACUCAUUCAAUUCCAGAUACUUCUCAAAGCACUGCAGAGCCAUCACAGGUGCAGAAGUGCAAUAUGAACACAUGUGACAGCAGGAGCGGCAGCACACCUAGCUCUGUAUGCAACCUUCAUCUUCCCACAAGGCCAAAGUCAUCACCUGAGGUCCAUGGGAAAGCACAGGCUUUUGAAGGAAGUAAAUACUUUCAUUGCAGUCACUGAGACUGUUACCAGUGAAAAUAUUUUAAUCUUAAUUUUUAAUCCUCUGAUUAUUCAAGAAUAUUUCUUAUAUUUUGCUGCUUUAAUCAACUAACCUCAAAUCUGUUUUAAAGCUAAAACUAGCCCUAGCACUAUCAAAAACAAUUGUGGAAAUACGCAAUAGGAUAUCAAGUUACAUUGCAGUGACACAAUAGGGUUGUUACUCAAUAUAUAAAUCUAAUUCGUGGAAGUGAGUGCAGUUUGCUAAGCUCUAGAUGUUGAAUUGUACUAUCAAAUUACUUACCAAAGCAGCUGAGCUACUGCAAUUGCAAUGUAACUACAGCAUAGCUUCCUUUUUUUAUUUUUCUCAAAGUGACACUGGUUCUUACAACUGAAACCCAGUACAUCUUUG